GUACAUUCUUAAUUUUCCGGCAAUUAGUACUCGUACUAACCGCAAAUGUCAACCGAUGAAGACUCUGUGGGCAGUCCCAUAAGCCCCUCAACGCCAACGCCAACGUCCGGUGAACGCGAACAACGGCGGGAACAACGGGGCAAAGGGGCACGCAAUGCAUCGGAUCUACUGCGUCAUCAGCAUAGCUUUGAGGCGCGAUAUAGCAGCAUCAUCCAGAGGCAAAUCUGGGAGACAACCAUUAACAAGGAUGUGAUGGAACGACAGCUCAACGCAUAUUUCCCCUUUUCACGCAGUGCAUCCCUCAACAAGGACGGAUCCGAUGGAUUCUAUCUCAACCCCAAUCAGGAGACUUCUGAAAGUGCAUUGAAGACACGUUCCUUGAGCACCACGCCGACCAAACAGCGUUCCACACCAUGUCUAGAGAAACUGGAAACUUUGGAUAUAGCCGAGAAGCAGGAGAAGCCAUGA